AUGAGCCCGUCGCCAACAGUUCGCAAAACCGACAAGGAGGAGGUUGAGGUUGAGCAUGUCUCUCAUACAGAGAAGCAGAACGUCGGCGCCCUCACCAGCGAGGUGAACGAGAAUAACAACGAGACACUCUGGCAUUCCAUCAAACAGAACCCCUGGGUCCUCGUCUAUACCUUUUUGGCAAACUCCGGUUCUCUACUGUUCGGAUACGAUGUCCUCGUCCAGGGUGCUAUUACUGCCCUUCCCAUGUUCUCUGCCUAUUUCGGAUCCCCUUUCGGAGACUCCUUUAUCCUUCCAGCGUUGUGGCAGGGACUUUGGCAAGGGCUGAACGCGUUUGGGAUCAUGUGUGGCGCCGCGAGCAAUGGUGUGCUUCAGGAUAAAUUUGGACGAAAGGUGAUGUUUUUCGUCGGCGGUGCCAUUUCCGCUAUUGGGACUGCAACCACAUUCGUCGCUUCAGAUGUGGAUGCACUCAACGCUCGACGUGGUCUGCUUGUACUCGGCAAGUUCAUUCUCGGGGCUUCCAUGGGGAUCCUCAUGUCGACAUGCCAGACGUAUGUAUCGGAGAUAUCGCCGCCGCGACUACGUACAAUCUUGCUUGGUCUCUACCCUUUUCUCAUUACUGUUGGCCAGAUGAUUGCAAUCUCGGUCGUCUUCUCCCGCAUAAAUGGCACCACAGACGCUGCCUUCAAGGUCCCCUUCGCUUCGCAAUGGGCUUUCUCGGCCUUUGCCAUCAUCGUCUCCUUUAUUAUACCCGAGAGCCCGCUCUAUCUUAUCGCAAAGGACAAACUCCCCCAGGCUGAAAAGUCACUCCUCCGUCUCGGGUGCCCCACCCCUACCAGGCGUAUCAUGGUCAUACAAGCAACAAGGGAACAAGAGAGAGCCUCGAGCGCCGAAGAAGCGACCGUUGCCGAACUGUUCCGAGGGAGCAACCUACGACGAACGCGCAUCGUCGCCCUGUUAAACUCGUUACAACAAUUUAUUGGCAUUUCCUUGGUGUCAAACUCCACAUAUUUCUUCAUCAUGGCAGGCAUGGACCCUUCACAGUCUCUAACCAUGAACCAAGCCGGUGUCGGGGCGAGUAUGGGAUGCACCCUCAUCUCCUGGGUGCUCAUCACCCACUUGGGCCGUCGAACUGCCAUCCUCGGGAGCUUUGUUAUGGCUGCGCUGUUCUUCUUGGGGAUGGGGAUUGCCGGGUUCUGGCCGCACGAUCCCAAGGCUCUUCGAUUCAUCGGCGUAUCCCUCAUCCUCGCCGCCUGCUGCAACAAUCUCGGCGUUGGAACCGCCUACCCAAUCGCCGCGGCUGAAAUCCCCUCAACGCGACUCCGCGCCAAAACCCUUGGGUUCGGCUUUUUGAUUAAUGCAUUCACAACCUGGGCAUUCACACUGUGUGUUCCGUAUAUGUUCAACGCCGAUGAGGGGAACCUCGGCGGGAAGAUCGGGUUUGUCUUUGUUGGGUUCUGUGUUGUGGGGUUUGUUCUGUCCUGGUUGGAGAUUCCAGAGACCAAGGAUAUUACCUACGCGCAGAUUGAUCACUUGUUUCAGCAGAGGAUCCCGACGAGGAGGUUCAAGGAUGAGAGUCUCAGGGAGAUUCCGUUGGAUAAGUAACUGGAUAGCUCCAUUUACACAGUACGGGUGGGGGUUUCUGUAGGGG